CACAGGUCCUGACAGGGAAGAAGUUGGCAGGUCCUGGCAGGGGACGAGCUGCGGUGGCGGUACCUCCGGGUAUGGAAGGCUCCAGUGAGAUGGAGUCGCGAGUCGCGGACGCUGGGGCCGGUGAGACUGCGAGAGCAGCGGGCGGCGGUCCGGCAGUUGGCUGCACCACUCGGGGGGCCGUAGUCUCGGCGCCCCUGGGAGCCGCCCGGUGGAAGCUCCUGCGGCAGGUUCUGAAGCAAAAACACCUGGAUGAUUGCCUGCGACAUGUAUCUGUAAGAAGAUUUGAAUCAUUUAAUCUGUUUUCAGUAACAGAAGUCAAAGAAAGGGAAACUGAAAAGGAGGUUGGUGCAUGGGUCCAAUAUACAAGCAUCUUCUGUCCUGAAUACAGUAUCUCCAUAAGGCAUAAUAGUGGAUCCUUGAAUGUUGAAGAUGUCCUUACCAGCUUUGACAAUACAGGAAAUGUUUGUAUCUGGCCAUCUGAAGAGGUGUUGGCUUACUACUGCCUCAAGCACAGUAAUAUAUUCAGGGCCCUUGCUGUGUGUGAGCUAGGGGGUGGCAUGACAUGCUUGGCUGGACUCAUGGUUGCUAUUUCUGCAGAUGUCAAAGAAGUUCUGUUAACUGAUGGGAAUGAAAAGGCCAUCAGAAAUGUGCAAGACAUCAUCACAAGGAAUCAGAAGGCUGGUGUUUUUAAGACCCGGAAAAUAUCAAGCUGCGUUUUACGAUGGGAUAAUGAGACAGAUGUCUCUCAACUGGAAGGACGUUUUGACAUUGUUAUGUGUGCUGACUGCCUGUUUCUGGACCAGUACAGAGCCAGCCUUGUUGAUGCAAUAAAGAGAUUACUCCAGCCCAGGGGGAAAGCAAUGGUAUUUGCCCCACGCCGAGGGAAUACUUUAAACCAGUUUUGCAAUCUAGCUGAAAAAGCUGGUUUCUCUAUCCAAAGACAUGAAAAUUAUGAUGAACACAUUUCAAACUUCCACUCCAAGUUGAAAAAGGAAAACCCGGACAUAUAUGAAGAAAACCUUCAUUACCCGCUUCUGCUUCUUUUAACCAAACACGGAUAGAAGAUUAAGCUUCUCAAAGACGAAGAAAAAUAUCAAGUGCACAGGGAAUAUUUUUACAAAAACAGCAAUCUGUAAUGGGUAUAAUCGCCCGCCUGCCCCCUUUGCAGCAUUUCACGUGUGGGCUAUGGCCUCCACCUGUCCUCACCCACGUUAUUCCCCAGCUGCCCUCUCCAGCUCCCCCCCGCCUCUUUUCACACUCUGCUUGUUGCUCUUCCUGCCCUAAACCUUUGUUUGUCUUUAAAUAUGUAUAAGCUGCCUAUCUGUGACUUGAAUUUGACUGGUGAACGACCUAAAUAUUUUUCCCUCUAAUUGAGAAUUUCUUUUGAUGAUACCCAUCCCUCCUUAAAUUUUUUUUUUUUUUUUUUGGGGGGGUCUUUGUUCUGUUUCGGUGGUGGUAGUUUUUAAUCAGUAAACCCAGCAAAUAUCAUGAUUCUUUCCUGGUUAAAAAAAUAAAGCAUAUCAUUUUAUCUCCCUCCAAUUAAUUGUAUUAAAUCUGCCAUCCCAUUCUCCA